AUGGCGGACAAUUUUGAAACUUUGGAAAAUAUUUUGCCGGACUGGGCGAACGAGGAGAUAGAAAUAACUCUUGUCGAGGCAGUUGAUAAAUUCCAAAAGGAAGAAGAAGAAAAGACACGUUUCUACGUGGAGAAUGACUUGGAAAAAAUUCUGGAGCAAUCUCAGUCGCUCGCGACAAAACGAAACACAAAAUGGGUCGUAAAAUUAUUUCAAGGUAACAAACUAUUUUUUGGCUUCGCAUUUAAGUAACACAAAAAGCAGAAAUUUAAAGAAAUUGAUUUAUUAGACAAUCUCAGCAUUAUACAGUCUCAAAAUAAUUGUUUACACAGAUUGGUGUCAAGCAAGAAGCAUCACAACACCUCUCCUUAAAAUGAAUACAACAGAAUUAGACUUAAACCUAGCAAGGUUUUACGUGGAAGCGAGAACGAAAAAAGGUGAAGAAUACAGUCGCUCAGCACUUCUUGGUUUUCGGAAUUCAGUUGAAAGAUACCUAAACAACAAUGGCCGUACAGUGAAAAUUUCAAGGAACCAAGUGUGUCAAAAGAGUAACAAAAUUCUGGACGCGAAGCUACGAAUCAACCGCCGCGCCGGCAAGGGAAACGUUCAACAUAAACCAGUUAUCGUACCUUCAGACCUCGCAAAGAUAAGAGCCAGCCCUUUCCUCAGUGUCACAAAUCCAGCCGCAUUGCUAAGGAGAACUUGGUUUUACGUUUCUCUGUACUGGUGCAGGCGUGGAAGGGAGGUACAGCGAGAUCUUCGCCGCGACAGUUUCAAAUUCACCAAAGAUGCAAACGGCCGCGAGUACGCAGUUAUGACCCACGAAGAAGCUACAAAAAACCAUCCUGGUGGUGAAACCAGCAAGCCCUCAGCGAGAAACAAGGCUUUAUAG